UAAACAAUCCUUUGAGAAGAAAUCCCAGCGCCUGCAAACACGCUCCCUUCAUGACAUUGAUUCACACGUGCUGCAAAAGCGAGUGAGAGAGCCCACGGUAACUCGGUGAGGUUGUCCAUACGGUAUUGAAUUGUAUAUGGCUGGUCGCGGUAGUACCGUUUUAAAAAAAUUGUUCACUUUAUCGGGUCACACCAAACAGAGCGCAGAAAAAAAUAAGGUGAAAUGAAUAUUGAUUUCAAAUCCGGCACUGAAUUCAGAAGCCAAGAAACCAUUCCAAGGGAGGAGGAAGACUUAGUUAGUGGCGAGUGAGUUCAGUGGUUCCUCCGAGGAAGAGUCCAGGAUAGUAACGGUGAGGGCCUUCAAUCUCAACGGUUUGUUUCUUUUAUUGUUUCCCUAACUGCCGUGGAUGGGCCAAUCGGCGUCCUCCGCCGCAGCCGUUGCUUGUCGUCGCGAGAGGGACCAAGGCAACCGCUCUGUCAACAUCUCUAAGACCAGAUCCACAGCUUCGGUUUCGCCGAUGGUUGGUUAUUCCUAUGGCACCGGCGAAGGCGACAGCGAAAACCGCCGUGUUGAGGCGGUAACCGAUGGAACCACCGACUACAUAUCUGAUCUCCCGAACGAGUGUCUGGCUUCGGUGUUUCAGUUUCUUAGCUCUGCUGAUCGGAACCGCUGUUCGCUCGUUUGCCAGCGGUGGCUCCAGAUCGAAGGACAGAGCCGCCACCGUCUCUCUCUGAACGCCGAAGCAGAGCUGUUUUCGGCGAUUCCGUCGCUCUUUUCUCGGUUCGACUCGGUCACGAAGCUUGCGCUGAAGUGCGACCGUAGAUCCGUGAGCAUACGCGACGACUCGCUCGUGCUGAUCUCGCAGCGGUGCCCUAACCUCACGCGCCUUAAGCUACGCGCGUGCCGGGAGCUAACCGACGCUGGAAUGGAAGCGUUUGCAAAAAACUGUAAGGGAUUGAAGAAGCUUUCGUGCGGAUCGUGCACGUUCGGAUCCAAAGGAAUGAACGCGGUGCUCGACAACUGUGCCUUGCUGGAGGAGCUCUCCGUGAAGCGCCUCCGCGGAAUCACCGACGCGGCAGCGGCGGAACCGAUUGGACCUGGUGUCGCGGGGUCGUCGCUGAGGACCAUUUGCCUGAAGGAGCUCUACAACGGACAGUGUUUUGGAACGCUUAUUCUCGGCGCGAAGAAUCUAAAGACCUUGAAGCUUUUCCGGUGCUCUGGCGAUUGGGACCGGCUUUUUCAAUUAAUGGUUGAUAGAAUGACUAAAAUGGUUGAGGUUCACCUCGAGAGGCUUCAGAUUAGCGACAUUGGACUGCAAGCGAUUGCGAAUUACUCGAAUUUGGAGAUUUUGCAUCUUGUUAAGACCCCUGAAUGUUCUGAUAUUGGACUUAUUGCAAUUGCAGAUAGGUGCAAGCUUUUGCGGAAGCUUCACAUUGAUGGAUGGAAGGCGAAUCGAAUUGGCGAUGAUGGGUUGAUAGGUGUUGCUAAAGGUUGCCCUAAUUUGCUUGAAUUAGUGCUAAUUGGGGUUAACCCUACUAAGGUAAGUUUGGAAAUGUUGGCAUCUAAUUGCCAGAAUCUUGAGCGGUUGGCUUUGUGUGGAAGUGAUUCGGUCGGUGAUCCUGAAAUUUCUUGCAUUGCUGCUAAGUGUGUGGCUUUGAAGAAACUGUGUAUUAAGAGUUGUCCUGUUUCGGAUCAAGGGAUGGAGGCAUUGGCGAAUGGGUGUCCCAAUUUGGUGAAAGUGAAGGUUAAGAAGUGUAAGGGGGUUACCCCUGAGGGUGGGGAUUGGUUGAGGAGGACUAGAGGGUCAGUUGCUGUUAACUUAGAUACUGGUGAGGCAGAACUUCAGGAAGCUAGUGCUAGUGAUGGAGGGGCACAAGAAAAUGGUUUAGAGUUCCCUCAAAUGCCUGCCCAAAUCGCUGCGGCAGCAUCAUCAACAUCGGGCAGCACCGCCCGAUCUAGUUCGUUCAAGUCGAGGUUAGGACUUUUAUCUGGGAGGAGUAUAGUGGCUAACACUUUGAGGAGAUGGUCAGGUGGUAGCACUAGUGCACGCCAUGGUUAGGGGAAGGUCCAAAGCAAACCUUAGUCUUUGACCAUUUUCAUUAUUUUGUGCUGUAUCAUUUGAUUGUUAUGUGUCCUGUACUUAAAUUUGAAAUUUAUGCCGUGUGAUGUUUAUUGGCUUUUGGAAUUGAAGCUUCACGGUUGAAGUGACGGUCACAUUCUCUCUC